AUGUUCAUAGUGCAAUGGGCACUAAUUAUUAUUGCCAUUUGGAAGCCAAUCAUUGGUGUUUCAAUUCGAACUUGGGAUCGAAAUUUUGGAAGUGAAAUUCAUUUGAAGAAUAGCAAAAAUGCUGUGUAUGAUCGUCGAACUCAACGUCUCGUUGAUAUUAUCAAGCAAAAAUUAGAAUUCAAUGAAAGACUUUUGAUACUUUUUUGCGUUAGGCGAUGUUAUCCCACACAAUCACAGAUUCCGCGAUGGAUUCGUGAAUUCUCAAGUCGAAAUAAUUUGACAGCAAAGCAUGAACAUUUCACUUAUCAAUUUUAUGAUAAUCGACGGAAUAGUCCUAUUUUCAACGAACGACUGAUUCAUAAUGGCUCAAAGCCUCAUUUGGUCUAUGCUAUUGAUGGACAAUUGUUUCGCUAUGAUGGUAACGUAAACAAUAAAGAAGAAUUCUUCUCAUUCCUUGGAUCUCAUGAACUACUCAAUGCUCAAACUGUAAACAGUUGGGAGCAUUUAGAAUCAAUUAUAAAUACAGCACAGUUAUGUCAUGGCGAGAAGCAAGUUUUACAAAUAGUUGAUAAUAAUCGAUGUCCAAUGGAUCAUUACGAACUUGUUGUUCGUGCAUUCGAUGGUGUUGCCAACUACAGUUUCUACGAAAUAAUGACGCCACUGAACAUUGACAUGUAUGUAGAACUCUAUACUCGUCUUCCGGAACUACCAUCUGUUUGUCAACUGAUUUUACUCCUACAAAAUGACGGUUAUCUUUGGAUGUCUGCAGAUGUUGAUCUUCAUGAGUUUCUGAUCAUCGCAGUGGAAACUUUAGAAAACCUGGAAUGUACUCACGGAUCAUCUGGUGAUUGGUAUCCAAUUCGAGAAGAACUGACAGCUAUAGAAAGAGAUUUUCUUCGUGAAAAUGAGCAAUCAUUACUGUUGAAAUCGGAUCCAAGCUAUAUCCUUGUUGGUGCUACCGGUGGUAUUGCUGUUGUUGUGCUUGCAAUCAGCAUUUUUUGGGGACUUAGCGGUUCUACUUUUGCACAAAAUUAAUUUCCAGAUUCUCCC